ACGAGGGUAAAUUGGAGGUGAAUCUGUUGUAGAGGCUAGCAAAGUUAGAUUUGGUUCAGUUUUAAAGAUUCUUCGGUGGGUCUUUGAAGGAAAGUGUGAAUUUAUCUUCUUCGAAUUGAUUAGACCUCUUCAAUGAUUGAAAUUGAGGUGGAAAUGGACUCUGAUGUCCUUGCUGCUGAAUCAGCAAGAACUGCAAAGUGGAGGUUCCAAGCUGAAGCAAACGAUGAGGCAGAAAGACUCCUUAGUUCACAACCUAUGCCAUCGCCAGCAGAAGAGAUCAAUAUGAAUGAUCUAUAAUUCAUUUGAUUCAAGAAUAGCAUGGUUUAACAUCACUAUCAUGUGGUCGUGGGGGAUGACAUGCUUUAUUCAAAGCCAAAAUUGGAGCAUCUAAUUAUCCAUCCUCUUGGAAGCAAAUUUAAUUUGGGUAGAAGAACUUUGGCAAUGACUAAAUUACCUUGGGAUGC